CCUUGAAUGAUUCAGUUGGAUGGCUAGUCUGGUCUAGCUCGUGGACAGACAAGCGAGACGUUAAUUGAAACUGCCCGCUCGCAUUCCAUCGGCAGUGCAACAUUGGCCAAUGGUACGACUGAGGGGCUGUCAUGGAGGGGUGGAUAUCUGUCAUGCCUCUGCAUAUAAAUAUGGCCCCGCCGUUUUGUGGAGGGUGCGUGACAGUUCGCUGAACCCUUGCUGGAUGAUUAGCAGACAAUCUCAACCACACAGCACUCCCUCGCCAUGUCUGAUUCGAAAAACGUCGCGCUCGUCUUCGGUGCCAGCGGUAUCUCCGGAUGGGCCGUAACCAAGAAUGUUCUCUCAUAUCCCACGCCCACCACAUUUUCGCGCGUGAUCGGGUUGACGAAUCGCCCAAAGACCGUCGAGGAGAGCGGCCUUCCGCAAGACCCCCGAUUGGAGUUGCACUCUGGAAUCAACCUGCAGGCAGACCUGGACAGCGUGCUCACGCAGCUGCAAGAGAAGGUCCCGAAUUUGGAUGAGGUCACACAUGUUUACUAUUUGGCCUACUCCAAUGCCACCGCAUACAGCGAAAACGUGAUGGAUAUCCGCAACAUCAACGUUGCCAUGACUUAUAACGCCGUUCACGCCGUGGACCGCCUCUGCAAGAACAUGAAGUUUUUCGUUUUGCAGACUGGUACCAAUAACUAUGGCGUUGCCGUCUUCCGCUUCCAGGACAAGAUCGAAAUCAACCCGCCCUUGAAGGAGGAUAACCCCCGCAUCCCUUCGCCGUGGGGUGAUGAGAUCUUUUACUAUGCACAGGUGGACUUGAUCAAGGAGGCCAAUGAGGGCAAAACCUGGAAAUGGUGUGAAGUCCGCCCGGACCAGAUUGUUGGACACGUUCCUAGUCCCACGAGCAUGACUUACGUGGAACCCAUGGCCCUCUUUCUGUCCCUGUACCGAUAUGUCAACGGCCCGGGCGCCACCGUCACCUUCUUCGGCACGGAAAAGAACUUCCGACACACCUACACAGCUUCGUCUCAGGAUAUUAUCGCUCGAUCGGAAAUUUACCUCUCGAUCGAAAAGCCCGACGAGGCUCACGGAGAAGGCUUCAACACCGCCGAUACGGCGACCCCGGGCCCGUGGAGUGUCAAGUGGCCGAAGAUCUGUGAAUUCUUCGGACUCCAGGGUGGUGGUCCGGGUGACAAGCCUUGGAACGACGCCGACAAGUGGUGGUACGACCACCAGGACGACUACGAAAAGAUGUGCAAGGAGUAUGGCCUGCGGAAACGAGAGAUCCCCGAGGCCACCUGGAUCUUCAUGAGAGCUGGAUUUACCAUGCUGGAGCGGAAUCGCGAAUUGAGUCUGGAUAAGAUCCGCAGCUUAGGAUUCACGGAAGAGUACCCGGUCGGACACGGAUAUUUCCGCGUGUUUGACCAUCUUGUCAGCGAGAAUAUCGUUCCGCCGAAGGAGAAACUGCAAUAAGUCAUUUGCUCGACAGAAUAUCUUCAGACCAGAUCGAAC